CCUGCCAGUGCAGCCAGCUGGAACCACAACACGAAUGGGUGUGCUAUCCACAACUCUCAUUUAGCUGCAGUCUGUAGUGAGUAGAGCUCACUAUCAACUUGCCCUCCUAAGGAUUCUUAUCUAAACUAUCGCUUUCUAUUUAUUUACCGAAUAGAAAACGAUCUGCUGGAUCGAUUAGAAGUGCUGUAAUAUAUGUAAAGUGAAAAGAGUUCGUAUACAAUAAAACUCAAGGAGUCUAUACAGAUGGCAGGUGUGGAUCCAGCUUUCAGAGCUAUUCCCAAGAAUGCCACUUAUUUUGUAAUAUGGAGAAUAGAGAAUAUGCAAGUUGUUCCAUUAGCAAGGGAUCAUUAUGGUACAUUUUAUACAGGAGACUCAUAUAUUGUUGUCUGUAUAACAGAAUCUGGAGAGAAAGGUGAUUCUAUGAUGAAGAUUAGAGAAGUUAAAGGAAUUUUAGAUGUGCAUAUUCAUUUUUGGUUAGGUGCUCAAACAUCCCAGGAUGAAGCAGGUGUUGCAGCUUAUAAGACUGUUGAAUUAGAUGAUUAUUUGGGAGGAACUCCAGUACAACAUAGAGAAGUGCAAGGAUGGGAAUCAAAACGUUUCCUUUCUUAUUUUAAAAAAGGAAUUAGAUUGUUAGAAGGAGGCAUUGUUUCUGGCAUUUCAAAUAUAAACAAUAACAUCAAAGCACAAAUGUUUAAAGUGCGAGGAAAACAGAGACCUGUAGUGCAACAAUUACCUGAAAUUGACUGGCAAUUUAUGGAUGAUGGUGCAGUUUAUAUUAUUUGCAUUCAUUCAGUUAUCUUUGUUUGGACUGGAAGAAAUGCUAAUGUGACUGAAAAAAUACAGGGUGUGAAAGUUGCGCAACAAAUGAAACUGGAAUUUGGAUCUGGUACUGUUAUUUUAGUAGAAGAUGGGAAAGAGCAAUCUUUACCAAAGAUUGAAAAAGAGGUAUUUUGUAUAUGUGUUGAUGAAGGUGGAACUUUAAAAGUGACUGAAGUUAAAACAGGACCUAUUGAUCAAAGUGACUUGGAUGUUCAGAAUUCAUAUAUAAUUGAUAAUGGUGAAGCAGGAAUUUGGGUUUGGGUUGGAAAAAAAGCCAGCACAAAAGAAAGGACAGAAGCCAUGAGAAAUGCACAGGGAUUCAUUAAGAAAAAAGGCUAUCCUAAUCACAUACAAGUUACUAGAGUAAUUGAUGGUGGAGAACCAUCAGAAUUUAAAGCACAGUUUCGUAGUUGGAGGGAUGCUGUUCCAACACCUGCUAUUGGAAAACAACAUAAUAUAGGAAUAACAGAAUCUGGAGAGAAAGGUGAUUCUAUGAUGAAGAUUAGAGAAGUUAAAGGAAUUUUAGAUGUGCAUAUUCAUUUUUGGUUAGGUGCUCAAACAUCCCAGGAUGAAGCAGGUGUUGCAGCUUAUAAGACUGUUGAAUUAGAUGAUUAUUUGGGAGGAACUCCAGUACAACAUAGAGAAGUGCAAGGAUGGGAAUCAAAACGUUUCCUUUCUUAUUUUAAAAAAGGAAUUAGAUUGUUAGAAGGAGGCAUUGUUUCUGGCAUUUCAAAUAUAAACAAUAACAUCAAAGCACAAAUGUUUAAAGUGCGAGGAAAACAGAGACCUGUAGUGCAACAAUUACCUGAAAUUGACUGGCAAUUUAUGGAUGAUGGUGCAGUUUAUAUUAUUUGCAUUCAUUCAGUUAUCUUUGUUUGGACUGGAAGAAAUGCUAAUGUGACUGAAAAAAUACAGGGUGUGAAAGUUGCGCAACAAAUGAAACUGGAAUUUGGAUCUGGUACUGUUAUUUUAGUAGAAGAUGGGAAAGAGCAAUCUUUACCAAAGAUUGAAAAAGAGAAUUCAUAUAUAAUUGAUAAUGGUGAAGCAGGAAUUUGGGUUUGGGUUGGAAAAAAAGCCAGCACAAAAGAAAGGACAGAAGCCAUGAGAAAUGCACAGGGAUUCAUUAAGAAAAAAGGCUAUCCUAAUCACAUACAAGUUACUAGAGUAAUUGAUGGUGGAGAACCAUCAGAAUUUAAAGCACAGUUUCGUAGUUGGAGGGAUGCUGUUCCAACACCUGCUAUUGGAAAACAACAUAAUAUAGGAAAAAUAGCCAAAACUGUACAAACAAAGUUUGAUGCUGCUACGCUUCAUUCUAAUCGUCAACUUGCAGCUCAAUCACAAAUGGUAGACGAUGGAAUGGGAAGUAAAGAGGUUUUUUGUGUGGAACAGACAGAUUUAAUACCUUUAGAAGCAAGAGAACAUGGAAAAUUUUACAGUGGAAAUUGUUAUGUGAUAUUAUAUGCUUUUAGCACUGAAGAACGAGAUCAUUUCAUGAUAUAUUAUUGGAUUGGAAAUGAAUCAAAAAAAGAAGAACAAGAAAUUUCUGCUAUAAAAACAGUUGAAUUAGAUCGAAGAUUAAAAGAAUUAAGUGUACUUGUAACCAAAACUGUACAAACAAAGUUUGAUGCUGCUACGCUUCAUUCUAAUCGUCAACUUGCAGCUCAAUCACAAAUGGUAGACGAUGGAAUGGGAAGUAAAGAGGUUUUUUGUGUGGAACAGACAGAUUUAAUACCUUUAGAAGCAAGAGAACAUGGAAAAUUUUACAGUGGAAAUUGUUAUGUGAUAUUAUAUGCUUUUAGCACUGAAGAACGAGAUCAUUUCAUGAUAUAUUAUUGGAUUGGAAAUGAAUCAAAAAAAGAAGAACAAGAAAUUUCUGCUAUAAAAACAGUUGAAUUAGAUCGAAGAUUAAAAGAAUUAAGUGUACUUACACGAGUAAUAGAAGGAAAAGAACCGCCUCACUUUUUAGCCUUAUUUCGUGGAAAGAUGAUGAUUUUCCAGGGCAGGACCAGUAUUGGCACACGAAAUGGUAUAUCACAUAAUAAAGAUCAAUCCUACUUAUUGCAUGUUCAAGGGACCAGUGAAUUUACAACAAAGGCAAAUCAAGUUCAGAAAUGUGCAUCAUCUCUUAAUUCCUAUGAUGUUUUUGUUCUUUUGACUAAAGAAAUUGUUUACGUUUGGGCUGGAAAAAGAAGUACUGGAGAUGAAAGAGAAAUGGCAAAACGAAUAGCUUCUCAAUCUGGAAGGGAAAUGGUAUUAGUUUCUGAAGGCCAAGAAAGAGAAGACUUUUGGAAUGCCAUUGGAGGGAAGAAGCCUUAUAAUCAAAAUAUUCAUUCAGAGGAAGAAGUUGAUACACGUCAAGCUCGAUUUUAUCAAUGUACAAUUAAUUCUGGACAUUUAGAUGUUCACGAAAUACUUGGGUUUGAUCAACAUGAUUUAGUUGAAGAUGAUUUAGUAAUUUUAGAUGCUUGGAAUGUUGUUUUCAUAUGGCUUGGACAUUGUAUUAAGACUGAAGAAAGGAGAUUAGCAGUACUCAUUGCAGAAGAAUAUUUGUCUACUGAUCCAACUGGAAGAGAUUGUGCAACACCAAUUACAGUUGUAAAACAAGGUUAUGAACCUCCAAAUUUUACUGGAUUUUUUCCUAUUUGGGAUGAUAAAUUUUGGAAAAAAAAGAAAACAUAUGAACAAAUAAAAAUUGAAUUAGCUGAGGAAAACAGUGGAGUAGUAAUUGCUCAAAAGAUAUCUGCUAAUCAAGAUUUAAGGCAAGAAGUAGACAAAUUUCCAAUUGAAGUUCUUCAGAUUAAAGAUCCAGAACAUCUUCCUCAAGGCAUUGACCCAUCUCAUAAAGAGAUUCAUUUGAUAGAUGAUGAUUUUGAACAAAUUUUCGGAAUGACUUAUACACAAUUUCAAGGAUUGCCACGUUGGAAACAAUUGGAAUUAAAAAAAGCAGUUGAUCUAUUUUAAACUGAAAAACAUUUUCUGUAAAUAUUGCUAUCUAAAGUUUAUUUUUGUAUUUUAUAAAAAUCACAGAAUGUGAUUUUAAACAGUGUAAUGAUAUGAAACUUUGGUAUUGAUCACUUGUUUUUUGAAGAAAUCACUUAUUCAAGAUAUUUUGACUUAGGAUCACUUUGUUAAAUUUCAUGUUUUCAGUCUUUACAUAUAAAAUUUGUGAAAUUUUAAUUCUUUCCAGUAUAUAGUAUAAUUACAGACAUAUACAAUUCAUACAAAUAAAGAAUAAUUACAUAAAAUAUAAAUUGAAAAAUAAAGCUUCAUUUCAUUAUCAAACAUUAAGCUUUCAUUAUAUUACUUUACCAAAAAUUUAAAAUUUAUAGAACAGAGACUACACAAACACACACUCCCCCCACACUCACAAAACUUACAACAAAG